GCCCGCCCCAGGCCGCCCGCACUGCCUUUCUGCCAGCGCACUGUCCUCGGGCCGCCAAGGAGUCGUCGCGACACCCGGCCCACGGGGCAGGGUGAAGGCAGUUUUUACUUAUAUGGAUUCCUACCCAUUGAUGCUUUAUAGAAGUUGCAGAAUCCCAUAAGGUCUUGUGUAGGUAGCAUCAGGCAUGUGAGGUUAUGAAUAUCAAGGCCACCUUUGUGUCUGGAUGACAGCUUUGACACUGAAAACUGUUGGUAAUCUGCCCUUACAGACUGACACUCUGUGGCCAUCAUCAUGUUCUGGAAGUUUGACUUGAAUACCACAUCCCACAUCGACAAGCUGCUUGACAAGGAACAUGUAACAUUGCAGGAAUUAAUGGAUGAAGAUGACAUCCUGCAAGAGUGUAAGGCUCAGAACCAGAAGCUGCUGGACUUCCUUUGCAGGCAGCAAUGUAUGGAGGAGCUGGUGAGCCUCAUCACAAAGGACCCACCCCUGGACAUGGAAGAGAAGGUCCGCUUCAAAUACCCAAACACAGCCUGUGAGCUUCUGACUUGUGAUGUGCCACAGAUCAGCGACAGACUAGGUGGAGAUGAAAGUCUGCUGAACCUUCUGUAUGACUUCCUGAACCAGGAGCCUCCACUCAACCCUCUGCUUGCCAGUUUUUUCAGCAAGACCAUUGGAAGUCUCAUUGCAAGGAAAACUGAACAGGUAAUUAUGUUUUUGAAGAAGAAGGACAAGUUCAUCAGCCUGGUGCUGAAGCACAUGGGCACCUCAGCUCUCAUGGAUCUGUUGCUGCGUCUGGUCAGCUGUGUGGAACCAGUUGGUCUCCGGCAGGAGGUCCUACAUUGGCUUAAUGAGGAGAAAAUCAUCCAGAGACUUGUGGAAUUGAUUCAUCCCCGUCAGGAUGAAGAUAGGCAGUCAAAUGCUUCUCAAGCACUCUGUGACAUCGUCAGACUGGGCAGAGACCAGGGCAGUCAGCUGCAGGAGCCUGUGGAGUCAGACCCCCUCCUCAUAGCACUGGAGUCGCAGGACUGUGUGGAGCAGCUUCUAAAGAACAUGUUUGAUGAAGACCAGACGGAAAGCUGCCUGGUAAACGGGACGCAGGUGCUGCUAGCUUUGUUGGAGCCAAGGAGGACAGGGACAGAAGGCUUGAUGGACUCCUUUUCUCAGGGACUGGAAAGGUCAUACUCUGUUAGCAGCAGUGUCCUUCAAGGUAUUGAGCCAUGGCUGAAGAAUUUCCACCAACUCCUCCUCAACCCACCCAAGAAAAAAGCAAUUCUGACUACCAUUGGCGUGCUGGAGGAGCCUCUGGGGAAUGCUCGUCUUCAUGGUGCACGCCUCAUGGCUGCACUACUACACUCAAACACUCCCAGCAUCAACCAGGAGCUCUGCCGCCUCAAUACCAUGGACUUACUGCUGGACUUGUUUUUUAAGUACACCUGGAAUAACUUUUUGCACUUCCAAGUGGAACUAUGCAUAGCUGCUAUUCUCUCCCACGCUGCCCGGGAGGAGCAGACAGAAGCCAGUGGAUCUGAUGGCAGGGCGGAACCUCUACAGGGGAGUGGAAAUGGGAACGGGAAAUUGGAGACCCCCCAGCCCAUCACCAGCCUUUCUGAGAACACAAUGGUGACUCACCUGUUCCAGAAGUGCUGCCUGGUACAAAGGAUCCUGGAGGCCUGGGAAGCCAACGACCAUACACAGGCAGCAGGUGGCAUGAGACAUGGGAAUAUGGGCCACCUCACGCGGAUUGCCAAUGCAGUGGUCCAGAACCUGGAGCGGGGCCCUAUGCAUACCCACAUCAGUGAGGUCAUCCAAGGGCUCCCUGCCGAUUGCCGUGGGCGCUGGGAGAGCUUUGUGGAAGAGACAUUGACGGAGACCAACCGCAGGAACACUGUGGACCUGGUGAGCACUCACCACCUUCACUCCUCAAGUGAGGACGAGGACAUUGAGGGUGCUUUCCCUAACGAGCUGUCCCUUCAGCAGGCUUUCUCUGAAUAUCAGAUCCAGCAGAUGACAGCCAACUUUGUGGAUCAAUUUGGCUUCAAUGAUGAGGAAUUUGCAGACCAAGAUGACAACAUCAAUGCCCCAUUUGACCGGAUUGCAGAGAUUAACUUCAACAUUGAAGCCGAUGAGGACAAUCCCAGUGCAGCUCUGUUUGAAGCCUGCUGCAGUGACCGAAUUCAACCUUUUGAUGAUGAGGAGGAAGAAGAUAUAUGGGAAGAUGAGGAGACUCAUUGCACUGCCCGGGUGAUGGUCAGAGCCAGAUUUGGAGCCCCACACAUUUCAGAAAAUUACUCAAAGAAUGGACUGGAGCCUAGAGAUCAGGACAGGAAGGCUGACUCAGAGGCAAUUAGCAAUAUGCCUGGGGCAAUCACCCCUCCAACCUCUUUGCAGAAUGAAGGCCCUUUCUCAGGUGACUCAGAAGAUACUGCAUGGACAGCAGUGUUUGAUGAGCCAGUGAACCCAACACCUGUGGCCACAGGCACUGCAAGGGAUGUGGGUUCUAGUGUGUGGGCAGCGGGCCCCUCAGCUCCAGAGGAGAAAAGCUGGGCCAAGUUCACGGACUUCCAGCCUUUCUGCUGCUCCGAGUCCAGGCCCCGGUGCAGCUCUCCUGUGGACAUGGACUGCAGCCAUACCAACAGUAGCCAGAGCACAAACACAGAGAAAGCUUUUGGGCCUACCUCACCUUGUUCCUGGAAUGUAUGUGCCACUAGGAAAGCCCCCUUGGUGGCUUCUGACAGCAGCUCCUCUGGGGGCUCCGACAGUGAGGAAGAUGAGAAGGCAUCUGGUGCUGUGAAAGCUGUGUGUAUAGGCCACAGUGGGGAGAUCUCCCCAUCACCCAGAACAGAGGAGGCUGCUAUUACCAGGACCGAGCAUGCUGACAGCAACCUGCUAGACCCUGUCCACCUUGCAUCCUCAGAAGUGACCGUUGCCUCUGUUGUGACUGUGGCCACAACACAGGGAAAGGCAGACCCACCUAUAAACAUCCCAGCUGUCUCCUCUACAGUGACUUUUGCAGUCCACCCUGGGCCCAUCAUGGCAGUAUCCACAGUAGCUGCGACCACAAUGGCCACCCAGGGAACAGUGACAAAAAACAGGAAGACAGAUGUCCUGCCAGAAGAAGCUGCCUUAAAUGGUCCUGUGUAAUGCGGUUGCCAACCAGCUAUGGCCCACUCUGGUCAGGCUACUUCUUAUCAAGAAAACUACCUGGUGAUGCAUUUUUUUAAAUUUAAUUUUAAAAUAAAUGCUGCAUUUGGUAAAGCUGGCAGUCAGAAACUGUCAGACAACCCAGGUUGUGUCUCCUGCCUGACCCCGAGUUACUCAGGCCCCAUUGAAGACAAGGAUGCACCUGGCCUCCCCUAGGUCCAAGGCCCUGGCACAGCAAUAAGGUCCCUGACAUGCAACCUCCGCCUGCAGGAGUUGGGAGUAAGGCAAGACCUUGAGGUGUUGUAGGAUCUGACAGGAGGGAUGUGGAUGCCCAGGCUCUAGUUUUGCAGGUUUUUUAAUGCAUGCAGGAAAAGCAGUUCUUUGCACUUUGUAUACAGCUAUAGUACAGGGUCUCUCUUGGCUCAGCACUGAGGGUCUGAGUUGGGGAGAACUAGCCCCCACAAAUGCACAGGGGUCAAGCACUGCUUUGACCACAUAGGGUCAAAUCCUAGGUCUAGCUACCUGGUACCCCUGGGAGCUGCACUGAACCAGGCUCCAAAUUUUAACUGCCUUAAAAGCAAGACUCUGGGCCUGAUAGUGUCUCUUGCUCUGCAGGACAGGCUAGCACACUUGGUAGUUGGUUAGGAGUGCCUGGCAGGAGCCAUCCUUAGGCAUGUAGUACAGAGCAUUGGGAGACUCAGACUGGACAGGCCCAGCUGUCCAUAUCCUUUUUUUAAUGUUAUGACGAUCUGAUGGGGCACCCUUAGUCCCCAAAUAAAAGUUGUAAUUCUAACUGAAAAA